AACAUCUGAUCAUCACUUGUGAACAUGUGAAAGUUUUGAACAUUUUAAUUGAAACAAUUUCAUCUUUUUUUAAUUAAAUUGCGAUUAUGAGUGAAUCAAAUGUUUUCCUCAUGUUCACCACGACAUCUUCUCUUAACGAUUCCCCAUCUCUUGAAUGGUCUCAAGAUGAUUUCAUUUGUUUAUUAACCGAAAAAGGUGCAUUUGUAUUUACUCCAGAAUUUUCAUUCGCCGAUUCAACUAACAGUCUUUAUCCACAUAAACAUUUUAUCCCUAAUCCUGUUGAUCCUCCACCUUUGGGGAUUAGUUCAACUGUCAAGAAAUUUAUUUACUCACAACAAGCGAAAUGUGAUUGGUUUCAUCAUAUUCACCUGACUGAUGGUUUCUCAAGUCACUAUUGUCGAUAUCAAUUGGCUGCCUGGUCACCGAGAAUCAAACAAUUCGGUUCAAUAUUGGCUUUGAUUACUUAUGAUCAUCGAUUGGUAUUAUAUGUUUUUCAGAACAAUGAAUGGAAACAAUUAGCUGAUUGUUCAAGCAUUUUGGAUACAAAAUUAGGGGAUCAUUAUCGAGGAAUUUCAUCAGUUAAAGCGUAUGAACUUUUAGCUAAAUUGGCAAUACAAUCGAUGAGUUUCAGUUGUGUCUUUGAACUUGAUGGAGUCGAAACAGUUUUACUCGCCUGUCCAUCUCAAUCUGGACAUUGUCACUUUUUCCGAAUCAAUUUAACCAAUUGGCUGGAAAAUGUUGAUGAUAAUGAUUCUGUCAAUCUGGUCAACACAUGGAAAACUGGACUUGCCUCGAUAACUUAUUGUUCAUGGUUUAAAAAUUUUCUAAUACUUUGUAGCCUUGAUGGUCAACUAAUUAUCUACAAGAUUCCGGUUGAUAUAAUUGAUUGUACUUUCAAUGAUUGGCCAUUAAUACCCCAAUUAACCCUUUGGUCAGAAAAAGAUUUUAUUCCAGUUCAACAUAUCAUCAUGACAGAAAUUGAAGUUAACAAAUAUAAGAUAAUCUUCACCAAGAAUGAUCAUAUUAUUAUUUUGAUAUUGAAAGAAAUUAAUAUUGAUGACAAGGAGAUUUUACAAUUAGAUGAUGAUGGUAAUAGUCUCUCCAUUAUUCCAAGUCAAUCAUCUCCCUACAUAACUGGAAUGUCACUAUUACCAAAUGAUGAUUUAAUCCUUUCAUCUCCUGGUUCGUUAAUUACAACGAUGAAAAUCAAUGGAAUCAAAUUAGAGCCACAAACUAGUCACCCAAUCAAUUUGGACGAAGUCGCUUCUAAUAUGUCACCAUUGAGCCUGAAAACAUCUCGAAACAAUGUUCUGACCUGUGUCGCUCAAAUGAUCACCAAACUACACGAUCACUUACUAUUGAAAGAGCCAACGAGAAUAAUUAUUUUUCCAAAUAUAAGUUUUAACGAAUUGACAAUGAAGCUCGAAAGUUUAAUAAACGAUUCCGAUCUGAAGACGAAAUACUCCAGUUUACACGACAUAAUGGACCUUCUUAAUAGUCUUCGAGGUUAUUAUGCGACUAAUUGUAGUUGGAUUCCAAGUAAAUUGAAACAAGCAUUUGAUGAACCGAUUGAUUUCGAGGACAAUUCACUUAACCUCGAGAGUCUAAACUUACAAGUAUUGCGAUUUGUAUGUUUAGCUUUAUCGCAGAACAAUUUAAUCAACUUAAGUGUUGACGAGUUUGAAAGAGUAUUAAACAAAUUGGAAUCAUUGAUAUUACGACGACACGUUAAAAAUAUGUACGAGAAAUUAGUAAAUGAGCAAGAGAAAUUUAAUUCUAAUCAAUGUAUUUCUUUUAAUAAUAUUACAAUUUGGGCUGAAAAAUGUGAUCUAAUUGUUGAGUGUCCAAAGAAAGUUGUAACUGAAUGUUGUCCAAUUUGUGAUGGGGAAAUUUCAAUGGAAGAUCCGAAAGAAGCGAUUUGUUCAUCUGAUCAUAAAUUGACUCGAUGUUGUAAUUCAUUGAUUGCUUGUGAUUUGAUUUCGAUUCAAUAUCGACAAUGUAAACUUUGUGGUCGUUGUUUAUUUGCAGUUCCAAGCAUUUGGAAAGACUCAUGGGAAUGUUUAUAUUGCUAUUGAAUGUUAAUUCUUAUUAAAUCAAAUAAAAAGAUGAUGAAAAUAUUAA